AUGGUUUGGGGGUUAACUCCACUCUUUGUUCAUCAACGUAUUUUGCCAGUUGAAUGCUGGUAUCCUUUCGAUGAAAAGCGCAAAUACGUCUACGAAACUUUAUAUUUCAUUCAAAUUUUGGCACAAGGUCAAAUUGGACAAGUAUUCGGCAACGGAAGUGGAGUUUAUGUUGUAUUGAUAACGUUGAUAUGUGGCCAAUAUGAUAUCCUUUUUUGCAGUCUUAAAAAUGUGCUUUAUACCGCAGAAAUCAACAGUGGAGUCAGCGCGGAGCUGUUAAGAGGCAAGCAGCUAGCUGUGGACAAGGAGAAGGAAGAGUUAAAUCAAUAUUUUGUUAGUAAAGAAACAUUUGAAAAUCUAGACAACCUUGAUCAACGCUUGGUGAAGAGAAACUUGAGAAAUGCAACAAAAGAUGCUUUGAAUGAAUGUAUUCGCCACCACCAAGGAAUUGUAAAAGUUUGUACCCUAUUGGAGGAGUUUUACAACCCCUUUUGCCUCGUUAAAUCGCUUCAAAUGACCGUACAAUUAUGCUUCUUAGUGUUUGUAUCUGUAAAUACGACAGCAUCUGUGCUAAAGAGCUUGAAUUUGGCACAGUAUUUAUUCAUGACACUUUGUGAAUUAUUCAUCUUCACAUAUCUAGGCCAAGUUUUGAAAGUGCAAAGCCUGAAAACAGCAGAUGCUUUAUUCAGAUGCGACUGGUAUUUGCUGGAUCUGGAUAUUCGUAAAAAUCUUCUAAUUUUUCUCCCAAUCGCAAUACGUCCCGUUCAAAUGACUUCCGCUAAAUUUUCUGGAAUGGAUACGCAACGACUAAGAGCAAUUCUCACCCAAGCCUUUUCGUUCUUCACACUUCUGCAAAGUUUGACAUAAUUGAAAUCUGUAGGUAUGAUUGAAGGACGAUCUAGAUAUACGUAUGCAUCACCAAUUUAUCUAAACUACGUUUAC